UGGAUUAAGCUGGCCAGCGUGUUGGAGAGACCGCUACCGGUGAACCAGCCCGGGUUUUUCGGACUCGGGGGUCGUGCAGAUCUGUUGGAUCUGGGUCCAGGGAGUCCCAGUGAUGGGCUGACCCUGGCAGUGCCAGGCUGGGGUGUCCCAGAGUAGCCAGGAAUCGAAAUGCUUCAUGGAACGACCACCCUGGCCUUCAAGUUCAGCCAUGGAGGCAUAGUUGCGGCCGACUCCAGGGCUACAGCAGGUGCUUACAUUGCCUCCCAGAUGGUGAAGAAGGUGACAGAGAUCAACCCAUACCUACUGGGCACCAUGGCUGAGGGUGCAGCAGAUUGCAGCUUCUGGGAAUGGCUGUUGGCUCGGCAAUGUCGAAUCUGUGAGCUUCGAAAUAAGGAACUCAUCUCUGUAGCAGCUGCCUCCAAGCUGCUUGCCAACAUGGUGUAUCAGUACAAAGGCAUGGGGCUCUCCAUGGGCACCAUGAUCUGUGGCUGGGGUAAGAGAGGCCCUGGCCUCUACUAUGAGGACAGUGAAGGGAACCGGAUCUCAGGGGCCACCUUCUCUGUGUAUGCAUAUGGGGUCAUGGAUCGGGGCUAUUCCUAUGACCUGGAAGUGGAGGAGGCCUAUGAUUUGGCCCGUCGAGCCAUCUACCAUGCCACCUACAGAGAUGCCUACUCAGGAGGUGCCGUCAACCUCUACCAUGUGCGGGAGGAUGGCUGGAUCCGAGUCUCCAGUGACAAUGUAGCUGAUCUGCAUAAGAAGUAUAGUGGCUCUAUCCCCUGAAAGAGGGUGGAUGCAGCUGCUUGUGUUUCUUGGGGUGACUGUCAUUGGUAAUAAGGAUACAGUGACCCAUCCUCCAUCCUAUUUAUAGUGGAAGGGUCUUCAAUUGUAUCAACACUUUUUAAGCUCUGGCACAUUGACCUCUAUGUGUUACCAGUCGUUAAUGAGCUGCUGCAGAGGUGACUAUUUGUUUUACUUUCUUGGAUGUUAACAUUACACUACUCAUUUCUCAA